AUGGCGCACUAUGAUCAACGUUGGCUGAAACUCUUCUCCUGCUGCCUGCUGCUUGCAACGCUUUUGGUCCUCCUGCCCGUCACACCCGCAGCAGCCAAGCGGACAAAUGCGAAUCUUACGGCCUGCCAGCAUCUGAGGAGAUCGGAGACGCGCCGCGCCAAGGCCCUGCAGCCGGUGGGGGCAUCAUCCGUACGGAUACCACGCUGCCAGAAGAACGGAGACUUUGAUACGAUUCAGUGCAGCAAUGAGCGGGCUGGAGAGGAUUGCUGGUGCAUCGAUGAGUACGGCGUGGAGUUGCCCGGCAGUAGGAAUGAGACGCGAUCGGGUGUCCGCUGUGCCGAGCCGGAGAAUUGCACGGCCUCCGCGUGUCGCAUGUUCUGUCCGUCCGGAUUCGCCAGGGAUCUGGAGACCGGCUGCUCCGUGUGCCGCUGUCGGGACCCGUGUGAUGGCCUGGAGUGCCCCAACGGACAAACAUGUCAGCUGCAGGAAGUGCAAUGCAAAUCCGAGCCGUGUCCGCCGCUUCCCACGUGCAAGAAGGCCCGCUCUUUGGCCAACUACUGUCCCGCCGGACUCCCCCUCUCCAUCGAUGACAGUGUGAGGCCCUUCCUCUGUGGAGUGGAUUCGGGCAAGCCCCAGUGUCCACCGCUCUACCAGUGCAUGGUGGAGUCGGGCAACGACUACGGCGUGUGCUGUCCGAGUGCCUUGACCUUCCAGAAACCCGGCCUCUGUCCGGCUCCGGACCAAACAAAGUACACGGAAAGGACAGGCUACAUGUGUGGAUCGCCGUGCAGCCACGAUCUGGAGUGCCGCAACCUGGAGAAGUGCUGCUUCACCAAGGGAUGCCAAUUCAAUUGCCAGCAGCCCGGAAAUGUGACAGGCUGCCACCAGGCCAAGGCCCUUGCCGACAUCCUCUCGAUCAACGAGCGCGAGGGCCGUGGUUAUGUGCCCGAUUGUAAUGGCCCCGGCGGACAGUUCUCCCCGAGACAGUGCUCGCGGAACGGCCUUGUCUGCUGGUGCGUGGAUCCACGCACGGGUCACAAGAUCAAGGAGACCAUGGGAGCGGCCAUGAAUGUGAAUUGCGAUGGUUGGGAGAAUAUGAUCAGUAGAUCCUACGCGAGGAGCUUCCAGAUGGAGCAGUGCGACACCAACAUCUGUGCGGCAGUCUGCGAAUACGGCUUCAAGAACGAUCACAACGGGUGUCCCACGUGCGAAUGCUCAGAGCCCUGCGAGGGCUUCAAGUGCUCCAUGGGCUCCCACUGCGAGGUGGCCACCGAUCCGCUCUGCGAGUCCGGGUCCUCCCUGUGCGCCUCCUGGCCUGUGUGCAAACCCGAUCUGGCCUACUCCAAUCCCUGUGAUGUGGGCACGCCCUUGUCCGAUACGGCCACGGGCGAGGUGAUGUACUGCUUCGAAGAGGAGCAGCGUCAGGGACGCAGCUUCCAGCCCACGGCCUUCUUCGAGCCAGAGCCCGAGGCGCUGACGAAGCAGGGUCGUGCGAUGAGCAACCGCAUCAUGUGUCCGGCGGAGUACAAGUGCACGAAGCUCCAUCGAGAGACGGAGAGCGUCUGCUGUCCGCUGCCGGAACAGACCACAGCCCCAGACGAUGCAGCAGGAGCUCGUCAGCAAAGCAUGUGCGAAUAUCUUCGGGACUUCUCGGAGCGCAUGGAGGGCACCGAGGAGGGCAUGCAGCUGGCUGUUCCAUCGCCGCGCUGCAACGACGAUGGCGACUAUAGGGGACGCCAGUGCCAGCUGCGAACGAUCCGUGUGACCAGAGCCGAGCAGCGCAAGAUCCUCGAGGAGAACACCAUCCGCCGCAUGAGAAUGCUCCUGGCCACCGCCUCCAAGCGGACCCGUCGCGAUGCAGAGGCUGUACUGAAGCUGUACCGCGUGGAUGAUAGUGCCCUCAAAGUGCAGGUGGCGGCUCCCGUGAUGGGCCGCAGUGCCAAGGUCAUCGAUGUGGGGGCCGACCGGCAGCAGGGACUCGGACAGCUGUUCGAAACGGAGUUCAAGAAGGUGGCCUCGGCCGCCAAGCGACCGCUAGAGUCCGAGGAUGAUCUCGUCGAAAUGGAGGUGGAGCAGUGCUGGUGCGUGGACAGCUUUGGCACGGAGAUACCCCGCUCGAGGGGAUUCAAUGUCAGCGACGACACCUGCCAGCAGCUGCGCGAGGAACUGGACUGCCUGGAUCUCACCUGCCGCAUGGGCUGCGAGUACGGGUUCGCUUUGGAUCCGGACACCCGCUGUCCGGCCUGCCAGUGCCGCGAUCCCUGCGAGAACGUCAGCUGUGGUCAGGGCAAGGAGUGCCGCAUCGUGGACGUAAGCUGCGAGGGCGAGUACUGUCCCCCGGUGCCUGCCUGUCUGCCCAGGAAACCCGGUCAGUGCCCGUACCUGGUGCCACCGGGACCCGAUAAUCUGGAUGCCAAUACGUGUGCCUAUGAAUGCCGCACCGAUGCCCACUGCGAGGGAUCGCGUCGCUGCUGCUCCAACGGCUGUGGCACGCAGUGCGUGGAGCCGCAGCUUAAGACCGCCUGCCAGCACCUGCAGGGCAUCCAGCUGCAUCAGAGCUCAGAGCUAGGGAUACCCGCCCGCCAGAUGUCCGUGGCACAGUGCGAUCUGAAGAGUGGCAAGUGGGAGCAGGUCCAGUGCUCCCCCGACGGCCACUGCUGGUGCGUGGAUGAACAGGGAGGGGCUAUGCCCGGCACCAGAGUGAAAUCUCCGGCGACACCGGCCUGCCAGGUGAACUCCAGCUUCGCCUGUGCCCCACUGAGUCCCAAGUGCAGCCUCACCUGCGAGAGCGGCUACCAGGUGGAUGCCCAGGGCUGUGCCACCUGCCAGUGCCGCAGCUUCUGCGACGAGGUGAGCUGCGCCAGCGACGAGGAGUGCCAGCUGAUCAGCGUCGAGUGCGUGGACAGUCCCUGCCCCAAGAUGCCCAUCUGUGUGCCGCGCCGUGCCUCCGUCUGCCCGGAGGGGUCUCCGCUGCAGCAGGGCGACCUGGAUGUGAGCUGCGGACCCCACAACGAGCACGAGGCCUGUCCCACCACCCACUCGUGUCAGUUGAAUCCCGUGAGCAAUCGCGGUGUCUGCUGCUCCAAGACGCGCGACGUCUGCUUUGAAUCGAUGGACAGCGUGUGCCUCUCCAGCAGCACGUCGACGAGGAACAGCACGCGCUAUCGAUUCAGUCCGAAGGUCAACAAAUGUGUGGCCGUGACUAUCGAUGCAGAGGCGCCAGCCUGUCAGACAAAGAAUCUAUUCCACAAUGAGCUCGCCUGCAAUUCGGUUUGUCCAGUUCUUACCCAAUGCGAACGCCUGAAGCUGAAGAACAGCCUGGCUGCCCAGCGCACUGGACACUCUUCGGUGUGGUUCCAGCCCCGUUGCGAUCCCAUCACAGGCCACUGGAGCCCCGUCCAAUGUUUGGGCAAACAGCCGCAGCCAUCAGCCAUUAGACCGCCCCAAACGGAGAUCGUGAGUCGCGCUUUUGCCAGCAGCAGCAUAACCGUGGUGGAGGAGGAGACUGCUGCCAGCCCGUAUGGCGUUUGCUGGUGUGCGGACAAGAAGGGAGCCCCACUGAAGGGCACUCUCACCCGAGAGAUCGAACCCAUCUGCAAUAGCCGCCAGGCACGCAAUCGCAAGAACUUUGACAUGGGUGAUCCGCUCAUGGAGCAGCUGAUUGGACAACUGACCCAGCUCAAUGAUGUGGCCAGCGAGGAUCUCGACUUUGAGGAGCUGGAAGCCAAGAUACUGCCAGCCUCGACGGCCAGUGCGGCCGAGUCCAGUGUCACUGAACGAGUCCUGGAGUUGGCCAAUUCCCUGCUCGACUCGCAGCUGUCCGUGGAGCAGCCCGCCCUGAAGCCCAUGCAGCUGAAGACCACCCGCUGCCGGGCUCUGGCCAACACGGCCACCUUUCCCGUGAGCUGUGACGAGGCGGGCGCCUUCCGGCCGCUGCAGUGCAACGGACGCAGCUGCUGGUGCGUCGAUGCGGCCGGCAAUCAGCUGCAGGCCACCCAUGUCUUUGGGGUCGGCGAUCGACGGUGCACCCAUGUGCCCAUCGAGGCGGUGUCCAUCGAGCUGCACAUGACCAACAGCAGCGGGCGGAGUGUGAGGAAUGCCUACGACACCAUUCGCAUGGAACUGCAGCAGCUGCUGGGCGAAGCCGUGGAGAAUCUCCGCGUCCAGGAGAACUUCGAUGGCUCCGCCAUCGUGCGCUUCGAGCUGCACAACGAGUCCAAGGUGGAUCUGGCCUUUGCCAUCGAAUCGGCCAUCACGGCGGGCGAGUUCCAUUUGGCUGGCGGCCACUUCCGGCCGGAUCUGACGCGUUCGCACUUUGUGCACCGCAGUGCUGCUCCGGCCGUGGCCCAGGCAGCCACCGCCCAAGACGAGUCCAUCCAGCUGGUGCUGUUCAUCAUGGCCACCAGCUCCGCCUUCCUGGUCAGCGUGUUCGUCGUCUAUGUGAUGCUGAAGCGUGGCAGGAGCAGCAAAGCGAUGCACUCCUCCUAUCCGCACGGCGACAAGGCUGUGGACUACUCGGCCCCCAUAUUUGUGCUGGCGGCCAGCGGGAUGGAACCCCAUGGCAUGGAGAGUAUUAAGGGGGCCAAGGCGUAGGGCUGCUAGGCUCUUGUUGGUUGUUAAGAUACAUCUACAUCUAGAUCUAUAUCUAAAUCAAUUUGUACAUAAAAGUAACAGAGAUCAGAGCUUAGGAUUUACCUUUAGGGCGGGUUAGAUUUUCUUUCAUUCUGCCCCGCGACUAAGCCAAACGGGUAGCCCCCACUAUCGCUAACUUAUCGAAUAUGUUCUAGAACCCUAAGACGAUUAAUUUAUGAA